AUGUCGACAAACACCACCACCGCAGCCAAUGCCGGUUCGUCAAGCACCUCGAGCUCGUCCAUGAGGUCCAUGACCACCACGACAAGCACAACGCUGACAGCCCUUGUUGAAUGGUUCCAGAUAAAUGGAUCUGGAUUUGUCCCGUCUGCGCGGUACAGCCACGUGUCUUCCACGGAUGCUGGGCGGUUCUGGGUUUUCGGAGGAACAGACCACUUGGGCGUCGACAAGAGUGACCUUUGGCACUACACAUUGGAGGUUGGUUGGACUCUUGCGGACGCCGCAUCUGGACCUGCCGCACGUUGGAUGCACUCCGCCGCUGCAGCCGACGGGCGCUUCUGGGUGUUUGGAGGAUAUGCGCGGUCACCUGCCUCCUUGUUUGGGGACCUUUGGUGCUUCGAGAAUGAGGCCUGGAGCAAGAUCGAGGGCACCCCGAGCCCAUCAGCACGCUUUGGCCACGUUUCGGCCAUGGCCCUGACCCGCUUCUGGGUGUUUGGAGGUAAUGACUUUCGCAUCAGUGGCCUCAACGACUUGUGGUACUUCACGCCCGAGGUCGGAUGGGCGCAGGCCUUCGGUCCCGGCGAUGGCUCGGUCUGGCCCUCGGCACGCCAAGUGGCUGGCGUGGGAGCAGACCGAGACGGCGGCCUCUGGAUCUUUGGAGGUGAGAAUGCGCCUUUCAAUCAGCCGUUCAUGAGCAACGACUUGUGGCACUUUACGCUCCAGGCCGGGUGGAGAUUGUUGGAUGCCGGCUCCGGCCCGUCGGUGCGAGGAGGGUGCAGCUCUGCGAUGGAUGCCUCCGGCAAGUUCUGGGUCUUCGGAGGCUUCGACUACGCCACGAUACUGAACGACUUGUGGUUUUUCAAGGAGGAAUGCAGAUAA